GGAGAGGAGAUCUAGGUGAGGGUAUAAGAGUAAUUUCAAAUCAAGAAUGUUUUUACCCACCACCCACACCUAUUUAACCGCCCGCCGGCGCCACUCAUUUGCCACCCCAAUUCAAUCAUUUCAUAAUUCUCCGUCCAAAAAUUCUUCAAACGACAAAAUAUAGAAAUAAAAAACCAUGAAAACUACACUUUCCAUUAAUUCCCUAUUCAUCUUCCUCGCACUCUCCUCCGUUCACUCACGGCCGUCACGCGCCGCCGCCGGCGCCGCCACUAAAGAAGAUACCCAGUUCAUUGAAGCAACCUGCAAUAACAAAGAUGUAGUACUACCAAACCCGUCCUUAUGUGUCCGCUACCUCUCCCCCUUCGCCGGCGCCGUGAAGCGAGAUCUCGCCGUCCUGGCUCGGGUCGCCAUCGACGUCACCCACGAUAAAACCAACUCCGUGGUCACUUAUAUGAGGAAAAACGUCUCCGCCGGCGCCGACGUAAAGGCCGAGAUUGCCCUCAAGGACUGUUGGAACACCUACUUGGUAAGCUCCAUAGGUGAGAUGGAGAAUUCUACCAAUGCAUUGAAGGCGAUCAGCGCCGCCGAUAAGGCGGCGGCGUUGGGCGACGUCCAGGCGUGGAUGGACGCCGCCCUGACGGACCAGGACAUGUGCACGGCGGGGCUGGAGAAGAAGGUGGCGGAUAUGAACCUCAAAGCCGCCGUGCUGGGUCAGAUGGCCCUGGUUAAGCAGCUCACCGGCAAUGCCUUGGCUCUCUUCCACAAAUUUUCGUGCUCAAACGGAGGUCCUUGUAAUGCCAGGAUCAAUACAAUCAUAAUCCAUUAAAUUAAAUUUCCCAUCUUAUUAAUUACAUUAAAUAAACAUGUUUACUACUGAAUUACCUUAAAUAAAAUGUGCUACCUAAUUAUUACGUUUGAUUUGUAAUGAAGAUGAUAUGGUAGG